AUGCGUUCAGACAAAUAUAGGCUGGAUAAAACAGAUGGGUCAAGGGAGAAUGAGAAUGAGAAUGAGAAAGCAUGUCAGAUCUUCGAUUUCGCUCUCAGGAUUCUAAAACCUCUCAGCAUCAACACAUGGACACCGACGCCCUUUGCAAACCCCACUCCGGACAGAAUCGCUUCCUCGCAUGUCUUCGAAUUGACCAAGCUGGACACAAGGAUCAACUCUCGCAGCGUUGCCAGUCUCAAUAACCCACCGCACUCAGGAAAAGCAGACGUGAUCUCCCUCGUCGAAGGAGGCGGCUUCGCGGCCUCUAUCACAGUCGGCAACCAGACGCUCCAGGUUAUCGUCGACACGGGAUCGAGCGAUAUCUGGGUGAUCUAUCCCGAGUUCAAGUGUGUAGACACGAGAAGCAGAGAAGAAACCGCCCAGUCAGAAUGUGCAUUUGGACCUGCAUACUCAGUCGACGGCAAUUUUCGGCAGGUCGAAGGGGAGUAUCUCGACAUCAAGUACGCGGACGGAGAGAUACUCUCCGGAGUAAUUGGGACGGAGACGGUCACAUUGGCUGGAAUCACACUUAACCAAACGAUUGGACUGGUGAAUUAUGCCGGAUGGUACGGCGACGGGGUGACCUCAGGACUCAUGGGUCUAGCGUACCCAUCUCUUGCGAGGGCACGCUCAAGCCAAAGCAACCAAGCGCCUGUUUACAAACCCAUUUUCACAAACAUGUACGAGCAGGGCCUGAUUGACCCGGUCUUCAGCAUGUACAUGACCCGCAAAGGAUCCAAUGCACAGGCAGCCGGGUAUCUGGCGCUGGGUGGUCUGCCACCCGUUGAUAUCAAGGGUCGCUUUACCUCUACACCUAUUUUGGUCACCCAGAUCGCAGGAUAUGCACAAACAUAUGGCUUCUACACUAUUGAAGUCGGAGGGAUGACCGUGCAAAAUCGCUUGCUAGAGUCAGGUGGUGGUCCUGGAACCCAGUAUAUUGUCGAUUCGGGCACAACCCUCAACUACUACCCAAACGCGGUAGCGGAUGCCGUAAAUGCAGCGUUCAACCCGCCGGCAGUAUACAGCAAUGAUCUAGGAGCUUAUGUGGUGAAAUGCGAUGCGAAGCCGCCUAUUCACGGAGUUAUAAUUGGCGGGAUGUCGCUCCAUAUAGGCCCCUUGGAUAUGAUUGUACCUGCUGGAACCGAUCGCAAUGGAAACAGGGUUUGUAUUAGUGGAGUGAAUGCUGGUAAAGUCAUUGGGGAAGGGAUAUAUGUCCUCGGUGGCACGUUUCUGAAAAACGUUCUCGCUGUGUUUGAUGUCGGCGCUGCGGAGAUGAGGUUUGCGUCGAGCAGAUAG